AUGAUAAAAAUUAUUUAUAGAAAAUUAUUUAUACCUAAUUAUUUUAUAAAAAAAUCAAAAUAUUUAUAUUAUAGUAUUAAACUUUAUUAUAAAUAUUUAAUUAUAACACCUUUUUUAAUUUGAAAAUUAAUGGAAGUUUAUACUGGUAAAUCUUUUAUAACUAUUAAUAUUACAAAAGAUAAAAUAGGAAGAUCUUUACAAUAUUUUUGUUAA